AUGGGAGUUAUACUGUUUUAUUUAAUAGGUCAAUUAUUAUAUUUAAUCAAAAAGAAAUACUCCACUUAUAGACAACAACAACAACAACAACACCACUACUACUUUAACAAUAUGGAUUCAAAACAUUCUACCACUCCUAAUACUACUAAUGGGCUUGGAUCUGGGUCAUUUUUUAAUAGAAUUUCUAAUUCAGGUCCUAUUUCUAUAGCUGCUUAUUGUCUUUCAUCUAUUUUAAUGACUGUCACCAAUAAAUAUGUUUUAUCAGGUUUUAGUUUUAAUUUGAAUUUUUUCUUAUUAGCAAUUCAAUCAAUUGUUUGUAUUAUUACUAUUGGGUCAUUAAAAUCUUUAAAUAUUAUUACUUAUAGACAAUUUAAUAAAGAUGAAGCUAAAAAAUGGUCACCAAUUGCAUUUUUAUUAGUGGCAAUGAUUUAUACUUCUUCAAAAGCUUUACAAUAUUUAAGUAUUCCAGUUUAUACUAUUUUCAAAAAUUUAACCAUUAUUUUAAUUGCUUAUGGUGAAGUCAUUUGGUUUGGUGGUAAAGUCACUACUAUGGCUUUAAGUUCAUUUUUAUUAAUGGUAUUAUCUUCUAUUAUUGCUUAUUAUGGUGAUAAUGCUGCUAUUAAAUCUAAUGAUGAUAUUUUUGCUUUAUAUUUAGGUUAUUUUUGGAUGUUAACUAAUUGUUUUGCUUCAGCGGCUUUUGUUUUAAUUAUGAGGAAAAGAAUUAAAUUAACUAAUUUUAAAGAUUUUGAUACCAUGUAUUAUAAUAAUUUAUUAUCAAUUCCUAUUUUAUUAAUUUGUUCAUUUAUUUUUGAAGAUUGGUCAAGUAAUAAUGUUUCAUUAAAUUUUCCUGCCAAUAAUAGAUUUACUACUAUUACCGCCAUGAUUUUAAGUGGAAUUUCAUCUGUUGGUAUUUCUUAUUGUUCUGCUUGGUGUGUUAGAGUAACUUCUUCAACUACUUAUUCUAUGGUUGGUGCUUUAAAUAAAUUACCAAUUGCUUUAUCAGGUUUAAUAUUUUUCGAUGCCGCAGUUAAUUUUUGGUCAGUUUCAUCAAUUUUUGUAGGAUUUGCUGCAGGAUUAGUUUAUGCUGUUGCUAAACAAAAACAACAAAGAGAACAAUCACAACAAUUACCAACUACUAAAUAA